GUCACUCGUGUAUUGCAUCAGCUCGAAGCAGAAUUUCGCUCAUUUUUUGCUUUUUUACGCAAGAAAAAUUUCAUUUUUAUUUCAUCAACAAAACCUUGUUGAUGCAAUCAUGAGCACCGAGGUAGGCCAGCCUCGCUUAUCAAAGCAGGAUUUAUCAAAAUUGAAAAUCGAGGAACUAAAUCCUCUAACACCAGAAGUAAUCAGCCGUCAAGCAACUAUAAAUAUUGGCACAAUUGGUCACGUGGCUCAUGGAAAGUCAACGGUUGUAAAAGCUUUAUCUGGUGUUCAGACUGUCCGAUUUAAAAACGAACUUGAACGAAAUAUCACAAUCAAGCUUGGCUAUGCUAAUGCAAAGAUCUACAAAUGCAGCAACCCCAGUUGUCAGAGGCCCAGCUGUUAUCGAUCAGCAGGAAGCGCUCGCGAAGACAUCAUACCAUGUGAAAGACCAGGUUGCCAGGGUAAAUCGCAGUUAGUGAGACAUGUUUCUUUCGUGGAUUGCCCAGGUCACGACAUUCUUAUGGCAACCAUGUUGAACGGAGCAGCCGUUAUGGACGCCGCAAUGUUGCUAAUUGCUGGCAAUGAAUCGUGCCCCCAACCUCAGACAUCAGAACAUUUGGCAGCAAUCGAGAUCAUGAAACUUGAACAUAUUAUCAUCUUGCAAAACAAAAUUGAUCUUGUACGAGAAAGUCAAGCAAAGGACCAGUAUAAAGAAAUUCUGAAAUUUGUUGAAGGUACAGUUGCUGAAGGAGCUCCAGUUGUUCCAAUCUCGGCGCAGUUGAAAUACAACAUUGAAGUCAUCUGUGAAUAUAUUUGCAAGAAAAUACCCAUCCCAAGACGAGACUUCACAUCACAACCAAGGCUCAUUGUGAUCCGUUCUUUUGACGUGAAUAAGCCUGGAUGCGAAGUACAAGACCUUAAAGGAGGUGUUGCUGGAGGAAGCAUUCUCCAAGGUGUCUUAAAGGUUGGUCAAGAGAUUGAAGUACGUCCAGGCAUUGUUUCCAAAGAUGAGAAAGGAAAACUGCGUUGGGAACCAAUCUGUUCUGUGAUUGUUUCGUUGUUCGCCGAACAAAAUGAUCUUCAGUACGCCGUACCUGGUGGACUAAUUGGUGUUGGAACGAAAAUUGACCCAACUCUCUGCAGAGCUGACAGAAUGGUUGGCCAUGUUUUGGGAGCAGCUGAUGCGUUGCCAGAAAUCUACACAGAACUGGAAAUCAGUUAUUUCUUGUUGAGGAGGUUGCUGGGUGUUCGAACAGAGGGUGACAAAAAAGCUGCCAAGGUUCAAAAACUAGCGAAAAACGAAGUUCUGAUGGUCAACAUUGGUUCACUAUCAACUGGUGGUCGAGUUCUCGCAGUCAAAGUUGAUUUGGCAAAGAUCGUGUUGACACAACCUGUCUGUACGGAAAUUGGUGAAAAGAUUGCAUUAAGUCGAAGAGUGGAAAAACAUUGGAGAUUAAUUGGCUGGGGAAAAAUCAGAAGAGGUCUUACAGUAAAAGAUGGGUCAAACUAAACGACCACAUUCAAAAAAAGGACGUAAUCAUUCGGUCACUGCUACAUAAUACAACACUAAAUAUAUUUCUAUCUUACCGACUGUAAAGUAGUAUAUAUUUGUAUAAGGGAAUUGAUUGCUUAAAAGAGAUGAGAUUAGGAUCUACAACAUUUCAUUUUGAAGUUUAUUCCUUUUCUUUAAGCAAAAACGAAUUUUAAGAUUACUUCACUCAGGUAUUGUUUUAAACCGCAAGAAACAUAAAGGGCACAAGGACAAUGGACUAGAGUACAUAGUUCAUUACAUAGUAUAAACCAUUGCUUGAAAACGUAAAAAUAUAUUGAAAAAUUACUAGUUUAUGCAACUAAAGUUUGUAGAUACGGUAAAAG